AUGACGAACGCACCGAAAGCGAAGUGGCCAACCAUGCUGGUCAAGCCCCCCGUCAGCAAGACCCAGCCAUCCUUCGCGGACUGCAACGCCGGGUGCAUUGAGAUCCCGGGCUUCGACAAGAACGAUUCGUUCAACGCUCGGGAGCGCGCUCGGCGAGGCCCUGCGGGCGGGGAUCAAGGUCACCCUGUACUACGGCACGACGGACACGGUCUGCAACUACGUCGGCGGCGCCCUGCUGGCACACUCGCUGGAGUGGCCGGGGUCCGACAAAUUCGCCGCGGAGCCGCUGAGGGACGACCGCGGAGCCGGUGUCGAACGCGAGGAACUGCACCACCGGGAACGGCAGUGCGGGACCGACCUGGUCCUCAACGGCGCCCCGUCGGGCAAGACGAAGGCUCCCCGCCGCCCCGGCCAGUGGAGGGCGCCGGGCACAUGGUGCCCGUCGACAAUCCCGCCGCGGCGUUCCACGCCAUUCGCACGCUGCUGCCGGACAGCUCCGAUGGUUGCGAGGGCUCCAUCCUGGACGUGAGCAACUUCAUCCGGGAGUCGGAGCGCGUAGGCGUUGGCGAGGCCGCGGGCCGCCCGCGGCCAGCCCGCGCCGUGGUGGCG